UCCUCUCUCCCGCGAUCAAGGUCUCCCUGCCCUUGCACAAUGGCUCCAGGGAUCCCCAUGGAAAGUCCCAUCUGUCUGAUUGAGAACAAACCUGAUGGGACACUGGUGGUGGAAGAGAAAGCCAUGCACAUACUUCUGGAUAUCCGCCAGCCGGUGGUGGUGGUGGCCAUUGUGGGGCUCUAUCGCACUGGCAAGUCCUACCUCAUGAACAGGCUUGCCGGCAAGAGAAAAGGUUUCUGCUUGGGUGCCACUGUGCAGGGGCAGACCAAGGGCAUCUGGAUGUGGUGCCUUCCUCACCCCCGCAGGCCCAACCACACGCUGGUGUUGCUGGACACGGAAGGCCUGGGUGACGUGCAGAAGGGCAACACACAGAACGAUUCCUGGAUCUUUGCACUGGCCAUUCUGCUCAGCAGCACCCUGGUCUAUAACAGCAUGGGCACCAUCGACCAUGUGGCCCUAGAGAACCUGCACUAUGUAACUGAGCUGACGAAAAAGAUUCAUACAAAGUCUUCCGGGCGUUGCCAGGAGGAGAAUAAUUCAGCUGAGUUUGUCCGCUUCUUCCCUGCCUUCAUUUGGGCAGUGAGAGACUUCACUCUGCAGCUGGAGAUGGACGGACGACCUGUCACUGAGGACGAGUACCUGGAGAGUGCCUUGAAAUUGCAGAAAGGAAACACAGAGCCAAUCCAGAAAUGCAACGCGCCCAGAAUAUGCAUCCGCAAAUUCUUUCCUUCCCGGAAAUGUUUCACGUUUGACCGUCCAGCUAACAAGAGGAAAUUGCAGCGGCUGGAGGAACUGGAAGAGGAAGAUCUGGAGCCGGACUUCUUGGAACCAGUGAAUGAUUUCUGCGAGCACGUCUGGAACACCUCCCGACCCAAGACGGUCCCAGGAGGCCGGGUUGUCAGCGGAACAAUGCUCGCAAACCUGGCAAAGAACUACGUGGAAGCGAUCAACAGUGGGCAGGUGCCUUGCUUGGAGAACGCCGUGCAGGCCCUGGCCGAGAUUGAGAACACAGCUGCUGUGCAUGAGGCCAUUUCCCGUUAUGAAGAGCUGAUGGAGAAGCGGAUGAAGCUGCCCACAGAGACGGUGGAAGAGCUGCUGGGGGUGCAUGCUGCGUGUGAGAGGGAGGCCACGGUGGUGUUCAUGGCCUGUGCUUUUGGGGACCACAUCGAAAAAUUUCAAGCCGAUCUUAUGCGUAACCUGCAAGAGAAGAAAAAGGAGUUUUGCAGGAGGAAUGAACAGGUGUCUUCCGACCGCUGCCUUGCUGUGCUUACGGAUCUUUCCCGGGAGCUGGAAGAUGGGAUCGCCAAGGGGAUCUACUCUGUGCCUGGUGGCUAUCAGCGUUUCUUGGAAAAUCGGCGUGAAAUAGAGGAGACAUACCGCCUGACACCUGGGAAAGGGAUUCAG